AUGUCUCCGAUGACGCGAGCACCGGAAGUAACGGUACCAAUUGGCGAUAUCUCGUACGAUUCCAUUGUGAUAGAGAGAGAGGAGCGUCUUCCAGUUGCGGUGUCAGUGAUAGGAACACCUGGCGCAAAUCUGAUCCUUGCCGAUCUGGUCGCGAACGGGAUGAAAGGUGGCUUAGCAACUGAAGUUAAGACGAGAAGCUCCAUGUAUUGA